UCAGCUCGGCAGCAGAGUUCAACUGUUCGCACUAGAGUCCUGGACACGAGUGGCCAUCGCCGCUCAAUUCGCCUUCCACUGCCUUUGGUCCACUGCCUGCUCUUCGCUUCCUGACGGCCUGGCCCUCUCGUCUCCUCCAGUCGAGCUCUGAAUCCUACAGUCAUAACUAGCUCUCCCUUGGGCUCACGUUUCGAUCCGUUUUCCAGUGCGGUACUCGUGUUUCUGGAAGUUUACGUGCUUCCAGCUUGUGCAGUGUUCGACAAUCACUGAUACUGGGCUUCAUACUUGUGCUGUGUUCGUGGUUUGUUUAGUGCAUUCGUCGUAGUUGUAGUAUUUUGGUGGUAGCUCAGCUGACCAUGUGUGCCAUUCUCGUUCACUCUGCGUGGUGAGGUAGAUACUAGGCCUGUGUCAGCUGAAAUAUUGUACCCCUUUGUGGGUCCUGGAAACAAUUUCUAAAAAUUCAAAAAAAAAAUUCAGAAAAUUAUAUAAAUAGUCAUACAGUUUCAAAUACAACAGUUGGUUUAGUGCAGCGGGGUUCGUCUGAUCCAGGGGUCCUAUCAAUCAAGUUGAUCGAGGUUCCUGCGGAGCAAGAGUGACACCUCAUCGUUACAGAAGGCACGUCGAUCAGUUCUAGAACCCUGGACUUGACCUAUACUCUUCGGGCGAAUUCGAUUCGAAUUUGAAGUACUGGUGUCUAUAUAUCAAGUGAUUGAGUGGUGCUGAUUGCUGUUGCGAAAGGGGGCUCCGGUUGACAGCGAAAGGAUCCGAAUCAUGUCGGUGGAGGCGAAGCGGUUCCGCAACGUUGUUGCUGAAGAGUCCCCAAUUCAGGUUACUUCCGUUCAGAGACUCGAAAUGGCCAUGCCCCACCUGAAUCAGGAGACCUUCACAAGCGACCAUCAGCUUAUGAUGGGCAACAACGUAUUGCUCUCAUCCCACUACGGAAAUGGCGUGGCGGCCCCUUCCAGACUCGUUACUCCUGCAACCUACGUUGCUUCUUCACCCGAAAAGCAGGUGGAGAACCUGGUAGCUGCCCUUGUUGGCUCACUUGAGCGCCCACUACCCAUGAAAAGGCCUCGAUACCAUGUUGUUCAUCUCGCCUCCGAAAUGGCCCCUGUGGCGAAGGUGGGAGGUUUGGGAGACGUGGUGACGGGACUUGGCAGGGCGCUUCAGAACAGGAAGCACCGAGUGGAGAUCAUCAUUCCGAAGUACAAGACUCUCGACACGUCUGGCAUCAAGCAUUUUAAGGAGCUGAACAAGCAUUUCUUCUCUUACUUUGAGGGAGCCAUGCAUGAGAACGUGGUGUGGACUGGUCUUGUCGAAGGUUUGAGGGUAUACUUCAUCGACCCACUUCACCCAGCGGAAUUCUUCAACCGCGGUGGAAUCUACUGUGAGCCGGACGACUUCCAGCGCUUUACAUACUUCUCCCGGGCGUCGCUUGAGUUUUUGUUGCAGUUCGGGAAACGACCCAACCUCAUCCAUUGCCAUGACUGGCCAGUGGCCGUCGUGGCGCCGCUGUGCAAGAGCAUCUAUGCCAACGCGGGUCUUAACGCCAAGCUUGCUUUCACUUGCCACAACUUUGAGCCUCAAGGCAAGAACUCCAUGGAGGCGCUGACGACAUGUGGUCUUCAGUUCCAAGCGCCUUUGUAUCAAGAUGAUUUCCAGGACAACGUCUAUGCUGAUCAAAUCAAUGUUCUUAAGGGGGGGCUCAUGCAUUCGGACUUCGUAACAACAGUGUCGCCGACGUAUGCUAAAGAAGUCCUUACCCCGGAGGGAGGUGAAGGCUUGCACACGACACUGAGAGCAAUGACCAAGAAGUUUUACGGCGUUAUGAACGGCAUUGACGACAAGGUGUGGAAUCCCGCUACUGAUCCUCACUUGAUGCAUCACUUCAGUAAAGACAACGUGGAGGGAAAGAAAGUGCUGAAGGACACUCUCCGACUUAGUCUGGGCAUGGCCACGGAGGGCGUUGAUGCCAAUAGGCCUCUGGUGUGUUGUGUAUCAAGAUUAGUAUACCAGAAGGGUGUGCACCUGCUUCGAUCGGCCAUCUUCCACUCUCUGGACUGUGGUGGCCAAUUCAUCCUGCAAGGCACCAGCCAAGACCCAGUCAUCAAGAAAGACUUCGACGACCUUGCUAAGCAGUAUGAGAAUCAUCCUCAUGUUCGGUUUGUUCUGAGGUAUGAGGAGACCCUCACCCACAACAUUUACGGUGCGGCCGACAUCUUCGUCAUACCAUCUAUUUUCGAGCCCUGCGGUCUCACCCAGAUGUACUCCUUGAGGUACGGGACCAUUCCUGUCGUUCGCAAGACCGGAGGGUUAGCUGACAGUAUCUUUGACGUGGAUCAAAAACAUGUGCCUGUGGAGAAGCGCAACGGUUUCACAUUCACCGAAUCAACUGAGGAAGCGCUGGCAAGUGCUUUGGACCGAGCAUUCCAUUACUACCGAGAACAGCCAGAAUGGUGGACAAAACUUGUGAGUAAGGUGAUGCACAUUGAUAUGAGCUGGGAUGCUGCUCCCAUCGACCAGUACCUCAAGCUGUAUACUCAUACCAUUGAAGAUGGCCAUCCUCCUGCUUCCAUCUCGUGAAUCCACCUCUGAAGAGUGUAACGUCGGUGCGCUGGUCUGCAUCCACAUUCAUUUGUUUCUUGCUGUGGCCGGCCACGUUUUGCACUUCCAGCUUGUAGUCUACACACAAUUAACUAGAGAAGGCUCUCGUUAUAUGUUACAAGCGCCGGCUUUAUCACUAGGUAACUUUGAGGAAUCCUACACAGAUUAUAAUAGAGAAAAAUGAAAAAAAAGCAUAAUUAUAUAUUGCAUUUUUGUACAUUAGACUGCUUGUAUUCUUAACCGUACCCUUGUAUAAAAGUAUUAAACAUGGGUACAUCCUGAAAUAUAUAUUUCUAUAUAACCUUGUCUCUCCA